UUUUGUAGUUGCUGGCUGCACAAUGGAUCCAGUGAGAUGCAGUAUUCCGAGUCCAGGUGUUCGCUGCCGGGCGCAACACCACAGUCGGCCGGUCGCAGUCAUCGUUAAAAGGAGCGCCAAAACGCCUAAAGGCGUAUGGGGCAAAUAUGGUGGAAACGACACAGGCGAUUUCCAAGUAUUGGCUGAUGGCUGCACAAGGCGAACUGCAGAACUGCUAACCAAGCACAGCGAUCCAGUGCUCGAAGCUGCUGCUCGUCGUGUCCAGUGCUGUCCGAUGUACCGAUGUAUAAUGGCAACGCAAGUAGUGCACAUUUGGCGUAAUGGCAGAGAAUAUGUAUGUACGUGUAUUCUCGUUUGUAUGUAUGAGGAUUGUACGAAGUUUGCUGGCUACGCAAUGGAUACGUUUGCAGCGUGUUGGCAGAAAAACAUAUUACCGGCUGAUGAUGGUGUUUUGUAGUUGCUGGCUGCACAAAGGAUCCAGUGAGAUGCAACAUUCCAAGUCCAGGUAUUCGUUGCCAGGCGCGGCACCACAGUCGGCCGGUCGCAGUCAUCGUUGAAGGAAACGAACAGGCGAUUUCCAUGUAUUGGCAGAAUGACAACUCCCAGUGAACCGUGAGAUCGCAAUCCAUGUGCGACGAUCCAAGGCCCGCAGCUGCUGCUCGUCGUGUCCAGUGCUAUCCGAUGUACCGAUGUAUAAUGGCAACGCAACUGAAUGCACAUUUGGCGUAAUGGCAGAGAAUAUGUAUGUACGUGUAUUCUCGUUUGUAUGUAUGAGUACCGAAUGUAUGCCGUCCACGCAACAAGUGCGCUUCAAGCUUAUUUGCAGAGGACAAUAUGUAUGUAUGCAAC